GCUGCGUUUGGCGCCAGAUUUCUGGGACAGUUCGCUGUCUCCAAGGGCUCUGCCUUGGGGAAUCCAAAGCAAUGAUGCGUCGCACCGAGAAUUCGUGAGCAAUCCGCGCCGCGCGCUCCAUUCUUCGCAACCAACACCCACGGCAGAUGCUGCGCCUCAACACCACAGCGGCUGCCGCUGUCAGCCGGCCAAAGCACACCAAGGGCGCUUUGUUCCCUGACGGCCAGCACCUUGGGAUCCGGGUCCUUCACGCGCCGGCGGAAGCUAGCGUCGACAUCAUCUUCAUCCACGGCAUCACCGGCCAUCCGUACAAAACCUUUGCUACCCAUGAGAAGACGCCCAUUUACUGGCCCACACAGCUUUUGUCACGCGACAUCCCCACGGCGAGGGUUCUCGCAUUUGGCUACAAUGCCGACGUCGUCAAGUUCUUUGGGCCGGCCGGCCAGAACAACAUUCGGGAGCAUGCCGCCACCUUGAUCAGUGAUGUUGCCGCAGUCAGGGGCGAGGACCGGUCGACGACGCGCCCAAUCAUACUCGUCGUCCACAGUCUGGGCGGGCUGGUCGUCAAGAAGGCCCUCUGCAUCUCAGAGCUGGCCGCAGAGCCACACGAGAGGCAGCUGCACCAGACGGUGCUCGGCGUCGCCUUUCUGGGGACACCCCACCGCGGCUCCGACCUCGCCCCUUUCGCCAGCGGCGUCGCCCGCAUCCUCAAGGCCUCGGGCACCAGGACCAAUGUGGACAUCAUCAGCCUUCUGCGCCGGGACUCGGAGGCUCUCGCCGAUAUCGAAGCCGCGUUCGGCACGUGGCUGCGCAAGAACCUGGAAUUCAAGCUAACGUGCUUCUUUGAGGAAAAAGAAGUCGUCGGGUGCGGCAUGGUUGUCAGCAAGGACUCGGCCAAGAUCAGCGGCUACCCGCAGCUUCCAAUUCCGGCCAACCACAUGGACAUGGCCCGUUUCGAGAGUGCAAACGCCACCGGCUACCGCCGUAUCCUUGGUGAGCUGAGACGAUGGCUUCGCGAGGGAGAAGACGAGGGCCAGGGAAACAACGGCACGAGCGCAGGAGACGCCCUGGAUUUUGCAGGUUGUAUGGAGACCUUGUCUUUCCCCGAGAUGAACCACCGAGGCGCAGAUAUCGAAAAUGCUGCCGAGGGAACAUGCAAAUGGAUCGUCGACCACCCCGUCUACAGCCAAUGGUCUACCAAUGGCCAAGGGCUCCUUUGGGUCAAGGGGAAGCCCGGGUCCGGCAAGUCGACUCUUAUCAAGUACAUCAUUCGGCAGCUCCAGGGAACCACUUCUACGCCUACUUUGAACAUCACCUUCUUUUUUCAUGGGCGAGGCACUGAGCUGCAGAAGUCUUCUAUUGGGCUUUUCCGAGCCUUGCUACACCAGAUUGGCGACACUUAUCCGAGGGCAAUCCGCGGACUGAUCAAGCAGUACCUCAAGUACCGCGAGGAGACCACCUCUGCAUGGUCCUGGCGCACGCAGGACCUCGAGGACCUGCUCAUUUCAGAAGCGAUCCCGACUCUGCUUCAACGCACAAACCUCUCCAUCUACAUUGACGCACUGGACGAGUGCGGGGAGGCUGAGGCGCGCCGGCUGGUUUCCUUCUUCUCCCGAGCGUACGAUCGUUCUUCUUCACAUGCCUUUCGACUCAGCAUCUGCUUUUCCUGCCGCCACUACCCUAUCAUAGCUCCUGAUAUAUGUGAGCAGAUCGUGGUAGAGUCGGCCAAUGACCAUGAUAUCUCGACCUACAUCAACCAGACCCUCUCUCAGCACGUACAGGAUGAGGAAGAGCUCAAAUCCCUGCGUCAGGAGCUCGAGAGUAGGGCCCGGCAGGUGUUUUUGUGGGUGGUGGUUGUUCUUCCCAACAUCACACGGCUCUACAGCGAAGGACAGACGCUACAACAGAUACUGGAGUACAUCAAGGGGAUCCCGCCUGAGCUACACAGUCUCUACAAGAGCCUUGCCAAAGAGCUAUCGGAGAAGAGCGGGCCCGACUCAAGUCGGCUUUUCCAAAUCAUCUGCUACAGCAGAGAGACCUUGAGCAUAUCGGACCUUCGUAUCGCUUUCAACUACGCAGGGGGCCCGGACUCUGCAACCAGGACCCUUGAAGAAUGGACAGUGCUUAGUCCCGUCAAGACUAAUAACCAGAUGCGGAAGAAACUGCGAUCCUUGUCUGCUGGCAUGGCGGAAGAAACCCCCUCGGGGGUUCAGUUGACUCAUCAGACCGUGCAGGAUUAUCUGGUUGAGCAAGGCUUCUCCAUGUUGAGUGGUGUCGAGGGUCGAUCUCCCAGCCAGCUGCUAGGCGAGGCCAAUCACAUGCUGGCAAGGACCUGCCUUCUAUAUCUGGUAUCGUUGGAGAAGCCUUUGAGUUCCAUCUGGCAUCGUCCUGCCAAGGACAUCAAACUGGCCCGCCGUAAGAUAGGUGUGGCGGAAGGUCUGGAACGGUCUGUUCAGCUUGCGUCCGCUUUGUACCCGCUUCUCGGCUACUCGGUGAGGCACUGGCUUGCGCACACGUCCCUUGCCGAGGCCUCGGAGAUAACCCAAAACGACAUUGUGCAAUACUUGGGGCCCUCGGGCCAGGAGGUCGUGGCUUUCUGGUCCGCAGUCGCCGUUUCGGACCACAUCGAACGGCUCGAGUCGGGCCAGCCGACCCAGGGCGAGUUCAGGGAGCCGCAGAGAACGACUACGCUGCUGCACGAGUCCGUCAAGUACAACAUCGAGAGCUUGGCUUGGGAAUUGCUGGGCGUUCCCUGGAUUUCCUAUUUGGCCGAUUCCAACGGCAGGCUGCCUCUCACCUACGCCAUCUGGGGCGCGUCAGAUUCCAUUGCCAAGCUCAUGCUGCUUCACCAUGAGAAGAUGGAACACGACAUUAAUUCGGAGCUUCGCAGCGGCGAGAUGGCCUUUACGGCUUUUCAGCUGGCUCUCGGGAACGGGCGUGAGAAGCUUUCUCUGGAGAUCGCUUCUCGGCCCUCGUUUUUGCUGCCAGACAACAUGGUCGUGAACGAGCAACUAAUGCUGCCCGAGAACACAAUCUUUUCCUUGAGCUCAAAGUCGCUCGGAAAUGGCUGCACGGUGCUCGAUAUUGCUGUCGCGUUCGGGUUUGACGACGUGUGCGACUAUCUGCUCGCAAAUCUGCCCCGAGACUCGGCAGAUACACCCGAUACUCCCCAUCUUUGCAUGGUCGCAGUGCAGCACAAGCAGAUGGGCAUGCUCCGGAGAUUCCUCAGCAUUGUGACACCGUCGGAGAAGCUCGCUUUCAGCUCCGGCGGCAAGAACGAGUUGAUUCUCAACAAGGCUGUUGAGACAUGCUUCCAUGAAGGUAUCGACCUUUUGCUGUCAUGUGGCUUUGUGGCCCUGAACGGUCUCACCGAACAUCGCGGAAAUCAGUCCCCACUGCACAUAGCUGUUGCUCAGGGGGAUCAGCAUAGCAUGCAACAACUGCUGUCCCACGUGGGCGUCGAUGUCAACACAUGCUUAGGGUACCUCUCCGUCACACCGCUCCUUCUGGCCAUAAAGCUCGGGUUCUCGGACGGGGUCGCGAUCCUGUGUUCGUGUUCCAGAGUGGACCCGAACCUCAAUGCUCACCCUUGGCCGCGGCCGGUUGAGUUGGCCGCGCAGAUGGGUGAUGUCGAAUCAUUGGCCGUUCUGCUCAACCGUGCCGACCUCCGAGUUGACUUUAGGGACUCCAAGUCGCAGUCGAUACUGUGGCAUGCCAUCAGCAAAGGCCAGAGCGAUGUCGCGCGCUUGCUCUUGGCCGAAAGACGCAGCGAAUUUGUUUACCUGCGUGACCAGUUCGGGAUGCUGCCGUCGCUAGCGCGAGUCGACCAGGACGUAAUCGACACGGUCGAGGGGCUGAGCACAAGCAACCAGUGGACGCCCUGCGACGCAACCUUUGGGAUACACUGGCCGGAGGAACGCUCGCAGUUUUCCUCAUACGUCGGCAUAGCCACCCACUACGACAGCGAGGGCAACACGUUGCUGAUGUGGGCCGUCAUAAAGGGCUGGGACAAGGAAGCCAUCGCGAUGAUUAACAUGGGCGACUACGGAACCGGCACGAAAGACAACGAGGGCCGCUCGCUGCUGAUGAACGCUAUAAGAUGCGGCAAUCUCAAGAUCGUCCGCUGGCUGCUGGCCCAGCCUGGCAUUGACGUGAGCCAGACCGAUUGCGCAAACAGGAAUGUAAUGUGGUACUGCGACAAGUACAUCGUCGCGAGCGGCCUCCGCAGCCUCGUCUUUGCAAAGUUCAAGGCCGCCUCCGAUGCCGGAAAACACCAAAUGGCGUCUCCUCUCGACUUGCCCGAGCUGCUGUUUGACCGGCAGGUCGGGCGCUACCACAUCUCCAUGACCAAGGUGCCCAAAGGGCGGAGGCGCCGCAAUGCGACGCCCGCCUCUGAUCCCUCUGACAGGGCCGAUCCGCUCGACAGGUCGUGGUGGGCCAGGCGCAGGUCGCCAGUGCCGCGGCCUGCGCCUGCGCCUGCGGGCUCCGUCGCUGCAUCCUUACGCAACGGUUCCUUUGAAGCGACCGGCACUGGCCUCGGCAGGCCGAGAUCCGCAGCAGGGCACGAAAACCUUGACCGGCAGGAGGAACAGUCAGUCAUGUCACCCGCCUCUUUGAGGGUCGCCUCAUCAUUCUUCAUCUACAGGGCGGACAGCAGAUCGACGGCGAUCCCUCCACGCCCCUCCGCAGCAAGGGAUGGUCGCCAUGACUCGUUUGCGAACGCCCUGAAUGUCCCAGGACUUCAUCGUGCCUUCUCGUUUGAGGAGUACGAGCGGCAGCGGUCUGCUUCUGCGCCGCCCCCUGCUGCGCCCUUGGAAGCAGUGUCUCCUGGUGGCGGAGGAGACCAGUCUGCUCACGCCCGCUCCAUCGAUGGCGAAGUCGAGGCUGCCCCCCCUGAGUCGGCUGAAGCGACCCUCUCUGCUGCUUUAGUUGGAAUCGCACUUGCACACGGGGCAAGCGACGCGGAGGCGGCCGCUCUGGUAGAUGUGGCAGAAGCGGUUUCUCCGGCCACGCGCGAGGGGAUCGAAUCCCCACAGUCAAUCAGUAGAUCUAGCAUCAGUGACUUGUACGACGCCUAGCAGGGAUAGAGCUAUGACAGCAUAUCAGGCUGCAUUUCCAAGCCUAUAGUAUCGAGCCAGGUUGUUUGGCGUGAGCCAUAUCAACAGCUUCCUUUCUAUUAGACACUGCCGUGAGGUUCCAAG